CUGAAAUAGUGGUAUUUGUACUCGUAAGCUCUUGUGUUUAUACUGCACCCUUGUCCGGUUGUGAUACCUGAGCGUGAUUAGGAACGGCUGGACCUGGCAAGCGGAGAGUUUGUGACAGACGCGUUAUGUCACGUUAUCUUGCUCCUUUCCAGACCCAAAUCCAUUGCUUGAUCGCAGUCGGUACUCAGCUCCGACCCUCCCACACAUACAACCGUCAUGGUUGAAUCUAAAAGCAUGCAACCGACGAAGUGUUCAAGGCCCGCGAUCUUCCUGCAAGAGGCUUGCUUCAAACACAAAUUCAUCCGCUCAAGAGAUACCUCGAACGUCGUCGAACGGCCCGAACGACUUCGCGCUGUCACCGCGGGACUUUCCGCUGCCAUGGCGCGUCUGGAGUACGACAGGGCCCGCAUCGCGUCUCACGCCUCCCUCGAUCCAGACGAUCUCGCGUCCCAGCUUGACCGCCUCAACCUCGCCUCAACCUCGUCCGCACCACCUCCAGCGCGCGUCGUGCAUAGCGCGGCGGCGUUAGACCUCCUCACGCACCCAGCUGUGAAAUACGUGCACGGAGACAUCGACGGGGACGUGUAUCUCGAGAAGCUCGUGCGCUGGGUGCGCGAAUCGCAGGGCAAGAUCGACGCAGGCGGGUCUGAGAUACCAGAGGGCCUAGCGCAAGGCGAUCUGUACCUUUGCCCGGAGUCGCUCGUUGCGAUGCAAGGCGCGCUGGGAACGGUCUGCGAGGCGGUCGAUUCUGUGCUUGGGGACGAAUCCUCUGAGAAACGUGCGUUCGUUGCGAUUCGGCCGCCAGGGCACCAUUGUGGAGAGGACUCCCCCUCGGGGUUCUGUUUCGUCAACAAUGUGGCUGUCGCUGCUGCUCAUGCCUAUCUACAGCAUGGAAUCAACCGCAUCGUGAUCUUCGACAUUGACCUUCAUCACGGUGGGAGCGGUAGUGCGGCGCAUGCAGAGUCACUGAUGACGAUAGGCAAUGGAACCCAGUCGAUUGUAUGGCAGAUCAACGAAGAGACGUAUCGGCAGACGCUAGAGGAGGAAGCUGGCGCGCCGAAUUCAAAGCGCGGCCCGCAGAUGUACUACGGAUCUUUGCAUGACAUACUGUCUUAUCCGUGUGAGGAUGGAAAGCUGUCGCUCGUGCAAGCCGCAUCUGUCUCCCUACACGGGCCACACGGGCAGCACAUUGAGAACGUUCAUCUCCAAACAUAUUCGACUCCAGAACACUGGGACGAGCUCUAUAGCCACCACUACUCCAAGAUCCUACAUAAAGCGGAGGACUUCUUGAAGAGCACUGGCGGACCCGGCCAGGAUGUGCUUUUCUUCAUUAGCUGUGGAUUGGAUGCGUCUGAGCACGAGAUGCCCUCGAUGUCACGACACAAUAGACGAAUGCCAACCUCAUUCUACCACCGUUUCGCCAAGGAUGCUUGCGCGCUGAGCAAUCGUUAUGCCCAGGGCAGACUUAUUAGUGUGCUGGAGGGUGGGUACAGUGAUAGGGCGUUGAUCAGUGGAACGAUGGCCCAUCUCGUCGGACUCGCAGAUGGACCCGAUAACGAAGAAUGGUGGAGUGCGGACAACUUGACUCUGCUGGAGAAAGCUACGAAGAAACGACGGGGCGGCCGACCUUCUCUUCCGCCUAAGAAUGCCCAUCCUUGGCUCGACCGCACGUUGGAGCUGUUUGCUGAUCUCGACAGAAGUCCCGUCUCACUGUCUGCCAAAGCUGCACCUGCUCCCACCUCGCGGGUAUUGCGAGAUCGGACAGCGAAGAAGCCCGUUUCAAGCAUCAGUAGCAGCAGCACGCAGCCUACGUCGACAACGCUUGUGGAGGAGGAUCCAAGCUCGGACAGCGGGCUGUCGAGCAUUGAGGAGGAACCGAUCGAGGGAGAGAGUUUGAGUGCGAAGAAAAAGGUUUCUAGGGUGAUCUUGAAACUGGGGCCGGGGCCUAAAUGACAUCCCUGGACACAGCAUAUCAAGAAGAGGGCUGCCGAGAGUGAGUCUUCUUGGUGUCUUGCGUAGGGCGAUAGAGAUCGUUCUGGAUUCGGUUUCUUGCCAACCGGUUGUUCGUGAAGAGCAUCGCACCGGCCGCUCAGACGAACGAGAUCUUCUAUCAGAGUGAAUAUAUCUGACUAGCAUCGUUGUUUUCCCAAUAUGUCAGUAUCACUGCAAC